GAGAGCGAGGGGAGGGCGAGAGAGCAAGUGAAAGAGAAAGACAGGGGGAAAAAACAAGCCUGCAGUUCACCCUGACUGUGGUUUGUAUGUGCUGUGGUUGGUGUGUAUGGUAUUAUCUCCAACCUGCUUUUUCGUUGUUGUGGUGACACUCAUUUUUCUCUCUCUCUCUCCCCCCGGUUGUGUGGAGGUUGAGGUUCUGUACAGUUCAAUGAAUCGGAUUAAUCCACAUGGUGCUGUUUGCUUUUUUCCCCACCAAAGGAUUGCCCCGUGUCCUUAAGGAGAGUCCAGUCCCAUGAUCCUCGGACACAUGUUGGUGAUCACUUGAAAACUGACUGUUUUGGGACUGUGUGUUCUUUUUUGUCUUUUUGUCCUCUCUUCCUGAUCUACACUGUCCUCUGGGGAAACCGUCCGCCAUCUUUUCUCCAUGGCUGAAGCAGUGAAACUCAGUGACCGUCUCCUACACAAGUGAAACAAGGAAGUGAGGAAGGCCGCUCUGCAUUUUGGCAUGCUCCAUUUUUCACUUCAGCUCACAUGCACAAGCACACAAUUUUGGCUGAGGAGGAGAUAAAGACGGGGCCAGAUGUAAUCGAGGGGAUGGACAUGUCAAUGCAACCCAAAGUGUCGGACCCAGGGUCAGCAGAGAAGGCCCUGGCAGCGCCGAAGCGCAAGCUGCCCAGCCCCCCUCACUCCUCCAACGGACACUCCCCCUCCAGCACCUCCCCCAGCCCCAUUAAAAAGAAGAAGAAGCCAGGCCUCAUCCAUAGCAACAAAGACCAGUCUGAGCUAAGGCAUGGUCCCUUUUACUAUGUGAAGCAGCCAGCACUCACCACAGACCCUGUUGAUGUUGUACCGCAGGACGGCCGCAACGACUUCUACUGCUGGGUGUGCCACCGCGAGGGCCAGGUGCUCUGCUGCGAGCUCUGCCCGCGGGUGUACCACGCCAAGUGCCUGAAACUGGCAGCAGAGCCCGAGGGCGACUGGUUCUGCCCCGAGUGUGAGAAAAUAACAGUGGCUGAAUGCAUAGAGACUCAAAGCAAAGCGAUGACCAUGCUGACGUUAGAGCAGCUAUCUUAUCUGCUGAAGUUUGCACUCCAGAAGAUGAAGCAGCCGGGGACAGAGCCAUUCCAAAAGCCUGUUUCCCUGGAACAGCACCCCGAUUAUGCAGAGUACAUCUUCCACGCAAUGGACAUAUGCUCACUAGAAAAGAACAUAAAGAAGAAGAUGUAUGGCUGCACAGAGGCCUUCCUGGCCGAUGUGAAGUGGAUCCUACACAACUGCAUCAUUUACAAUGGAGGCAACCACAAACUGACAGCGACCGCUAAAGUGAUUGUGAAGAUCUGUGAGCAUGAGAUGAACGAAAUCGAAGUUUGUCCCGAGUGCUACUUGUCGGCUUGCCAAAAGAGGGACAACUGGUUUUGUGAGCCAUGUUGCCAGCCUCACCCCCUCGUCUGGGCCAAGCUGAAGGGGUUUCCUUUCUGGCCAGCCAAAGCCCUGCGAGAGAAAGACGGACAGGUGGACGCCCGCUUUUUUGGCCAGCAUGACAGGGCAUGGGUCCCUAUCAACAACUGCUACCUGAUGUCCAAAGAGAUUCCCUUCUCUGUGAAGAAGACCAAGAGCAUCUUCAACAGCGCCAUGCAGGAGAUGGAGGUGUACGUGGAGAACAUCCGCAAGAAGUUCGGCGUCUUCAACUACGCUCCUUUCCGGACGCCGUUCACGCCCAACAACCAGCUCCAGAUGCUGCUGGACCCGGCCAAUCCCGGCGCCGGCACGGUCCGCCUGGACAAGCAGGAGAAGAUCAAGUUCAACUUCGACAUGACGGCCUCCCCCAAGAUGCUCCUGGGCAAGAGCAUGCUGUCGGGGGGAACGGGCCGGCGCAUCUCCAUGACGGACAUGCCGAGGUCCCCCAUGAGCACCAACUCGUCCGUGCACACGGGGUCGGACGCGGAGCAGGAGACGUCGGACAGGGCGGGACGAAUGCACCACUACAGCGCAGGGGAGGAGUCCAUGGAUUACACCGCAUCUCCAGCAUCUAAGAUGGGUGUGAUGAGCAGCACAGACAGCCCUAAGCCCUUCUCCCCUCAAGGCUCGGCCACGCCAUACAUAAAGCAGGAGAGGAGCUCCACAGGGAGCAUCCUCAACCUGAACCUGGAUCGGAUCAAAGCGGAGAUGGACCUGAAGGAGCUCAGUGAAACGGUGCAGCAGCAGCAGCAGCAGCAGCAGCAGUCGGGGGCAUCCAUGCUCCUCACCUCUGCUAAGAGACCCAUCCGUAGUCUGGACAAGACCAUUGAGAGCUGCAAGGCCCAGCUUGGUAUUGAUGAGCUCUCUGAGGACGUGUACCGGCACGUGGAGCACAGCGACUCCGAGGACUCGGACAAGUCGGACUCCAGCGACAGCGAGUACCUCAGCGAUGAGGAGCAGAAGCCCAAGAACCACAGCCAGGACAAGGAGAAGGAGAAGGAGAAGGAGAAGGAACGGGCCGACCGAGAGUCCAGAAAGAGAACCCACAGCGCCUCGGCGGAGAGACCCGAGAAGAACGGAGGGCUUCCCGGAGCGACGACAACUGUGACGGCGGCGGCCGGCCGGGACAAAGGCGUCGCCCACGAUGGCCCGGGCUCGGCGAAGGACAAACACAACAGCGUGGAGAAGGAAGCUCAGGAGAAGCCUCGGGCGCCUCCGAAGCAGCAGCAGAAGCAGGUGAAGCAGGAGCCGAGGGCCAGAGCCGGCGCGGAUGCGGACAUGGACUCGGACUCCGAGAGGGAGCUGGUGAUCGACCUCGGGGAGGAGAUGGGCCGAGACCGGAAACGGCCCAAGAAGGAGCCUGCGUCCGUCCCCACAGCGGCCACCAAGGAGCCACCAGCCAUUAAAACAGAGGGUAAAGCUCCUUCCUCCAGCAGCACAGCAGCCGCCACCUCCUCAGCGGACAGCACUUCCAGUUCCACCAACGCUAGCGUCAAAGACUCUCCCCAUCCGGCUGUGGGGGUCCCCCUGAACGUGGGGCCCUUUCCGACCUUGACCUCCUCAACCGUGGCCCCUGGAGCCACCUCCACCACCUCUUCCACAUCUCCAGCUGCCAUUCCGUCCACAGUGCCUUCCUCAUCCUCCUCCUCCACCGCCGCCGUCGUCUCGUCCUCCUCUUCCUCCUCCUCUUCCUCUUCCUCCUCCAACACGGUGAAGAAGCAGCGCCCCCUGCUGCCCAAAGACAAUGCUGCGGCCGCCACUGUCACCGCCGCCGCCGCUCAGGCCAUUCAGCCGCGCGCGGUCGUGUGGAAUCCCGCCACCAACCCCGCUAAGUUCCAGACGUCCUCGCAGAAGUGGCACAUGCAGAAGGUGCAGCGGCAGCAGCAGCAGACGCAGUCACCGCAGCCAGCUGCGCAGACACCGCCGACGCCGCCGCAGACGCAGACACAGACCCAGGUGCAGGUGCAGGUGCAGACCCAAGGCACUUCAGCAGCGCAGGCACAGUCCUCCAGCACACGAUACCAGACCAGACAAGCGCUGAAAGUUCAAGUAAAGGACUCUCCCCAGAGUGCAUCGACAUCUGGAUCCUCUCUGGCCUCCUCCUCCUCCAUGGCAGGAGAUUUCAGCAUCCCCACCGCCUCUGCCGACGUGGCUGCAGACAUUGCCAAAUACACUAACAAAAUAAUGGACGCAAUCAAAGGGACGAUGACAGAAAUGUAUAAUGACCUCUCCAAAAGCACCUCUGGCAACACUAUAGCAGAGAUCCGCCGGCUGAGGAUAGAGAUUGAAAAACUCCAGUGGCUGCACCAGCAGGAGCUCUCUGAGAUGAAGCACAACCUGGAGCUGACCAUGGCGGAGAUGCGCCAGAGCCUGGAGCAGGAGCGUGAGCGGCUGGUGGCGGAGGUGAAGAAGCAGAUGGAGGUUGAGAAGCAGCAGGCCGUGGACGAGACCAAGAAGAAGCAGUGGUGCGCCAACUGCCGCAAGGAGGCCAUCUUCUACUGCUGCUGGAACACCAGCUACUGCGACUACCCCUGCCAGCAGGCCCACUGGCCCGAGCACAUGAAAUCCUGCACGCAGUCAGGUACAGCGACUUAAGACCAUCGAUAGAAGUCCAAAAGCAAAAAACAAACAAUAUCUUCACCAGGGAAGACCAAAAUAAAGGUACAGUCUUCCAAUCCGGCUAGGAUUGUUUCUAGUAGGUUCUAGUUUUAUAGUUUCCAUGUUUGAACAUGUUAAUGUGUGUUUUAUAUGUUCAUUUUUUAUAACGCAGGACACCAGACUAGCUGUUAUACAGUAGUUGCUAUCUUGCUCUUAUACUUUGCCAGCAUGUUAUCUACAUUGACUUGUUUGAGGUUCACAGUCUGGUGAGAGACUAUUCUUUCAAAUGAGUGCUCUUGAUGGCAGAAAAAAAGCCUCCAAUAAGCUCAAUACGUUUUCCACAACAGUGACGUUACAUGGAUUUUUUUCUUUUUCUUUUGGAUUUUAUGAUUUAUUAAUAUGAAUACAAAUGCUAGACGUGGGUGUUGACUCUCCCAUAGUCACACUUCUACUUCAUCCCUUACAUGGUCCCAUGUAGCUUCCCAUUCUCUGAACUGUGAUCUUCUGUUUGAAAUCAUCCAUUGGCUCAUUCCAUUGUUUGUUUGUUUGUUUGUUUGUUUGUGUAGACCUGAGGAAAGGUGUUUUGAAGUCUGCCUGUUGUUAAUGGUCACAUAUUGUUUUGCAACAGGAACCUUUAUAAUGACUUGCAAUUGGACAUUUUGUUUAUCUAAGUGUCCAUUAAGAGUGUGAAUGUUUAAUGAGAAAAUGGUGCAUGAAUUCAGAUGAAUUUAUCUAAUGUACUGUGAUGACCAGUGCGAUGGACUGGACCAGAUGAAGGCUAAUGUCUCUCUUUGUUUCUCUACCCUUACAGCCACAGCGCCGCAACAGGAGACUGAAGCAGAGGCCCCGUCAGAGCCGGCAGGCAAACCCACGGGUCAGACCCCCAACAUCCAGCCCUCUCCACCUGCGGCCAGCAACCCCCAGACAAACAAAGACCCCUCGCCCGCUGGCACAG